GUCCAAAUAUGACAGUAUGACAUGUCAUCGUGACUCAAAUUAGCCACUAUUUUCAGCCUUGAUUUACCCGAUACGCAUCGUCAUCAUUAAUUAUGCACUUUCCAUUACCAAAACCCUCUCGCUGCUCCUACAAAUCACUCUCUCACUCGGGUUUUUGCAAGCAGAGGGUUUCGAGUUUACACAAACAGAUCGUCAAGUCAAAGAGAAAAUGUCUCUACUUCGGCUCUGCAAAGGAGUCAACCCAAAUGUUUCUCGUAAAACAGCUUCAGAUUAUUUUUCUUCACUCAGAUUCUCGAGACUCAUUCAUUCACUGGGAUUUACAACCUUGAAAGCUGAAGAGAUUUCUGGUUCUCAGCCUGCUGAAGUACAAAACUUGGUCCAGGGCAAAUGGAUUAAAUCAGCUAACUGGAAUACAAUCGUGGAUCCCUUAAAUGGAGAAUCAUUUAUCAAAGUCUCAGAAGUAGAUGAAAGUGGAAUCCAGCCUUUUGUAGAGAGCUUGUCCAAGUGUCCAAAACAUGGCAUGCACAACCCAUUUAAAUCCCCAGAAAGAUACCUUUUGUAUGGGGACAUAUCUGCUAAAGCAGGCCAUAUGCUUGCUCUUCCUGAGGUUUCUGAUUUCUUUGCUAAGUUGAUACAGAGGGUUGCACCUAAGAGUUACCAGCAGGCUCUUGGUGAAGUGUAUGUUACAGGGAAGUUUCUAGAGAACUUCUCUGGUGAUCAGGUACGUUUCCUAGCAAGGUCCUUUGGAGUUCCUGGGAAUCAUCUUGGUCAACAAAGUCAUGGUUUCCGCUGGCCUUAUGGACCUGUGGCAAUCAUUACACCUUUUAAUUUCCCUUUAGAGAUUCCUCUACUCCAAUUGAUGGGUGCACUUUAUAUGGGCAACAAGCCUGUUCUUAAGGUUGAUAGCAAGGUAUGCAUUGUUAUGGAACAAAUGCUUCGGUUACUCCAUGACUGUGGGAUGCCUUUGGAUGAUGUUGAUUUCAUCAAUUCUGAUGGAAAGACAAUGAACAAGCUACUGCUAGAGGCGAAACCACGGAUGACACUCUUCACUGGUAGCUCAAGAAUAGCAAACAAGUUGGCUGAUGACCUAAAUGGUAGAAUCAAGUUGGAAGAUGCAGGAUUUGACUGGAAAAUCCUUGGCCCUGAUGUUCAUGAGGUGGAUUAUGUUUCAUGGGUUUGCGAUCAAGAUGCAUAUGCAUGCAGUGGUCAAAAGUGUUCAGCACAGUCGAUGCUUUUCAUGCAUGAGAAUUGGAGCAAAACAUCACUCUUGCGUCAAUUAACUGACCUUGCUGCAAGGAGGAAGCUUGAAGACUUGACCAUUGGUCCAGUUCUUACUUUCACAACGGAAGCUAUGCUAGAUCACAUGAAGAAAUUGCUUGAGAUUCCUGGAUCAAAGCUACUGUUUGGUGGUGAAGAGUUGCAAAACCAUUCUAUUCCUUCCGUAUAUGGAGCUAUAAAACCAACAGCUGUAUUUGUUCCUAUCGAACAAAUACUCAAGCCUGAAUAUUACGACCUCGUUACAAAAGAAAUAUUUGGACCAUUUCAGGUUAUCACUGAGUACAAAGACAGUCAACUCCCACUGGUGUUGGAUGUCCUUGAAAAGAUGCAUGCACAUUUAACAGCUGCUGUCGUUUCAAAUGAUCCAUUGUUUAUUCAGGAGGUGAUUGGGAAAACAGUGAAUGGAACCACUUAUGCUGGACUUAGAGCAAGGACAACAGGGGCACCACAGAAUCACUGGUUUGGGCCAGCUGGAGAUCCAAGAGGAGCAGGAAUAGGGACUCCUGAAGCUAUAAAACUCGUCUGGUCGUGUCACAGAGAGGCUUCAAAACCUUCUCCACAGUCGCCGACUCUCCGCAGCUCCGCCGUCCAUAAACCCUUCUUUGUCUCAAGGUUUGUGUCUCUACGACCUUUAUUCACGAUGUCUAUGCUCGAACUAAUUACCAAAGCGUCAGCUGCACACGAACAGCUACCUUCAGAUUCACAAUACCCGAUAGUUCUUAAUCCAGACCCUAUUCUGCUCAACUUGAAACCUCAAACCCAAGAAUCGAAUGACGCUUCGUUCGUUAAACGUGUUGAAGGAUGGAAAUUUUCUCAAACGGAUACGGAGAUUAUAGAGUUAGGGCAAAACUUCUACAAGAAGUUGAAAAUUAAGCUAAAAAACCUGAAGUCGUUCACUAAGGUUGAGUUCAUUAGCAUGUUGACUUCGUAUCUGAAGAAGAACAGCGAGAAACUCGGAAUUUCAGUAGUGAUUGAACAGAAGGACGAGAGUUAUACCAAGGCGCUUGUAGUUUCAGUAGCGAUUGAACAGAAGGGCGAGGGUUAUAUUAAGGCGCUUAUACAAAAAAUAGGUUUUUUAAUGGGUGAAGCUGUUGUAGGUUUAGUAUUGGAGGCUUGUUUUGCAUUCGAAAUUUGGGAGAUAUUAGAAACUCUGAUCGUUGGUGGUCUUAUUGAGGGUUCGUGUUCUAGGAAGUUGGUUCAUAAUUUGAUUGAGAAAAAGAGAUCUGAUUUGGUUUGUUUGUGUGUCAAGCAUGUCUCUGAUCUUCAAUUUUCUGACAUCCUUUCCGUUUUGAAGUUCUUCCUUUCUCCACCUAAAGAUGCUUACGACACCAUGGCUUUCAUAAGGAAAGAAUGGGAGACCGAAGCUUUGUCCGCCAUUGAAAUGGCAAAAGACAAAACCCUUGCUGAAAAGACAUUCAACUUGGCAAAAGAUGCUGCUAUUUUACUCAUGAUGGCUCAUGAUGAGUUUACAACCAGUGAAUUGUGCUUGCAUUAUCUUCUUUCAUCCCCAAAUCUUGAUGAUGUAAUAUUCUCAGCUUGUAUCGGUAACUUAAAUGGUUCAGAGAUUAUGGGUUUUGUGCGUUAUUUGAAGAAAUGGUUGAAGAAGUAUCAAAAGUUCCCACAAGCAUCUUCUUCUUCAAUUCCUAAAGCUUCAUCUUUACAUUGGCUUAAAGCUUUUGAUUCAGUUCCUUCACUUGAAAAUGUUACCAAGUGCUUUGGGUUUGUUCUUGAUGAACAUUUCUCUUCAUUGGUAUUGCACCCGGAGUUUUGCGAGGAGGUGAAAUCAAUAGAAUUGGUUGUGAAUUCUUUGGCCUCAGAAGCAAGGAUUUGUUGCAAGUUGGCAAAUUUGAGUAAAUUGAUGUUGAAGAUAUGAACCAUUAGGUUUCUGAAGCAAGUAUCAUCACAACAAACAGGAGGGUAUAAACGUCAGAUGGAGCUAUUUUGUGUUUUGGCCAUACAACUUUUUUGUUUGUAUUAGUGAAUUUUGAUGAGAGUUUAGAGUCACAGAAUGUAAAAUGGAGAACACAAUCGAUUUUUUUGUCAAAUUUCUAGAUUUGUAUCGAGGAUUUUUCAAAAUUGAAACGUUCUUUCCUUGCCUUUCUUUGUUAACAAAUUCUGAUAUGAACCCAAAAUUUGACCUAUUAAACCUGCUACAGGAGGUAAUCCAGGUAUUUUCUGAACAUUUAAAGUUAUUUGUUACCUUUUGAUAUAUAUAUAUUUCUUUCCCCC